AUGUCGACGUCGAGCACGAUAUCGACGCGCGCGGUCGCGUCGCGCGCGGUCCGCGGACGCGCGCGCGCGACGACGGCGGCGCGCGCGACGGCGACGUCGCGGGCGACGAGAUCGUCGACGACGACGAGCACGACGACGACGCGCGCCGAGGCGCGCGAACGCCGCGCGGCCGCGGCGACGGCGACGGUCGCGGCGGCGGCGACCGCGCUCCCGGCCGCGCCCGCGUUCGCGCACGCGGCGAACGAGCUCGCGCAGGCGCGCGUCCCGCCGCGCCGUCUAUCUCCUCCCCGUCGCGCGGCGUCGCCGACCCGACUCGACCACAUCGUCAUCAUCACCGCCGCGAACGGCCCGCUCGAGUCCGCGCGCCUGUUGGUCGCGAUCGCGUCCAUCGCGCUCAUCCUCUUCCAGGGGCCCAAGGGCGACGGCGUCGUGAACUCGCUCAACGAGAACAGGGUGUUCGGAAGCGCGUCCGAGGCGAAGAGCGCGGUGGAUUACGUCACCGCCGGGUUGAUAGGGAGCUUCAUCGUGUUGUCCGCGAUCUUAGCCGCGAACCAGUGA